CACCUUUCCACCUGGUUCCUGGCAGGAAGGCACGCCGAGAGAGCAGUCGGUGAGACAUGGCUGAGGACAAGAACAAGAGAGACUCCAUCGAGAUAAGGAUGAAAGGAUGCCAGGCAAACAACGGGUUUGUCCAAAAUGAAGACAUCCCAGAGCAGGACGCGGAUCCAGUUCUCGGGCCAGGCCUGCUACCGGCUGCCCCGGGAGAUCCUCUUCUGGCUCACGGUGGCCUCUGUGCUCGUGCUCGUUGGGGCCACCAUCGCCAUCAUCGCCAUCUCUCCCAAGUGCCUGGACUGGUGGCAGGCGGGGCCCAUGUACCGGAUCUACCCGAGGUCUUUCAAGGACAGCGACAAGGAUGGCAACGGAGAUCUGAAAGGUAUUCAAGAUAAACUGGACUACAUCACAACUUUAAAUAUAAAAACGGUUUGGAUUACUUCGUUUUAUAAAUCAUCCCUUAAAGAUUUCAGAUAUGGUGUUGAGGAUUUCCGAGAAAUUGAUCCCAUCUUUGGAACAAUGAAAGAUUUUGAGAAUCUGGUUGCUGCCAUACAUGAUAAAGGUUUAAAAUUAAUUAUUGAUAACAUACCAAACCACACCAGUGAUAAGCAUGUUUGGUUUCAAAUGAGUCGGACACAAACAGGAAAAUACACGGAUUAUUAUAUCUGGCGUGACUGUACCCAUGAAAAUGGCAUAACCAUUCCUCCCAACAACUGGGUAAGUGUAUAUGGGAAUUCCAGUUGGCACUUUGACGAAGUGCGAAACCAAUGUUAUUUUCACCAGUUUAUGAAAGAACAACCUGACUUGAAUUUCCGCAAUCCUGACGUUCAAGAAGAAAUAAAAGAAAUUAUGCAGUUCUGGCUUGCAAAGGGUGUGGAUGGCUUUAGUUUCGAUGCUGUCAAAUUUCUUCUAGAAGCGAAGCAUCUGAGAGACGAGAUCCAAGUCAAUAAGACCCAGAUCCCGGUAAACACGGUCACUCACUACUCGGAGCUGUACCACGACUUCACCACCACACAGGUGGGAAUGCAUGACAUUGUCCGCAGCUUCCGGCAGACCAUGGACCAGUAUAGCAGGGAGCCUGGCAGAUACAGGUUCAUGGGGACUGAAGCCAACACAGAGAACAUUGACAGGACCAUGAUGUACUAUGGGUUACCAUUUGUCCAAGAAGCUGAUUUUCCCUUCAACCAUUACCUCACCAAGCUAGACACUCUUUCAGGGAAUAGCGUGUAUGAGGUGAUCACGUCCUGGAUGAAAAAUAUGCCAGAAGGAAAAUGGCCUAAUUGGAUGAUUGGUGGACCAGACAAUUCCCGGCUGACCUCUCGUUGGGGGAAUGAGUAUGUCAACACGAUGCACAUGCUUCUUUUCACACUCCCUGGAACUCCCAUAACUUAUUAUGGAGAAGAAAUAGGAAUGGGAAAUAUUGUAGCCACAAAUAUCAAUGAAAGCUAUAAUACUGAUACCCUUCUCUCAAAGUCACCAAUGCAAUGGGAUAAUAGCUCAAAUGCUGGUUUUUCUGAGGCCAGUCACACCUGGCUACCCACCCAUUCAGACUACCACACUGUGAAUGUUGACGCCCAAAAGACUCAGCCUGGAUCGGCUUUGAAGUUAUAUCAAGAGUUAAGUCUACUUCAUGCCAAUGAGCUGCUCCUCAGCAGAGGCUGGUUUUGCCUUUUGAGGAAUGACAGCCACUCUGUUGUGUACACAAGAGAGCUGGAUGGCAUAAACAGAGUCUUCAUCGUGGUUCUGAAUUUUGGAGAAUCAACACUGCUAAAUCUACAAGAAAUGAUUUCAUACCUUCCCUCAAGACUGAGAAUAAGAUUAAGUACCAAUUCUGCCAAAAAAGGCAGUGAGGUUGAUACGAGGGGCAUUUUUCUGGACAAGGGAGAGGGACUCAUCCUUGAACACAACAUGAAGAAUCUCCUUCAUCAUCAAACAGCCUUCAGAGACAGAUGCUUUGUUUCUAGUCAGGCAUGUUAUUCCAGUGUACUGAACAUACUGUACAGCGUGUGCUAGGCACCUCUAUGAAAGAGAUGAAGAUACUGGUUUCUGUUGGGAUUAUAAUCAUUUGCAGUAGCUUCAUGUACAGCCUGCUGCUGGGUCAACUUUAAGAUCGAUCAUUAAUUCUUAGAUAUUUCUGUAGCUUGAAUGUAACCGCUUUAGGAAAAGUUCUCAAAUGUUUUGCUAAAAUAAAAUGUUUAAAAGAAAAGUAUCGCUUGUAGGAAACUGUAAGUUUAUUGGAUAGCAUCAAUGAGAGACCAAAUGAGAGAUCAUCAAUGAGAGGAGACGAAAAUUAGGACCCCAGAUUAUUCAAAAGUUCUAAGUGAAUUUUCAGUGGGAAGAAUACUAUCUUUUCCCCUAAAAUGCAAUCAUAGAAAGUGGAGGAUGACACUGCCAUGUCUAAAAACAUUCACUAGCAAAGAGGCAGGAUGCUGGUUUGGAAACGAAUAAAGAAAUUCCUAGUUAAGACAAGACAGACAAAAGCAAGCUGUUCUGACUGGAAGCGAGGUCUAGAGGUCUUUGCUGUCAGAAGUCCUUCCCUAGCCUCCUACUCCACGUCUUUCUGAGGAGCAUGGCUUGAAAACAGCUUUCCUAGGUUAACAGGCAUGUGCAUCAAUGGAGAGAAUAGUAAAAGCAAGUGAGAUGUAGACUAAGCAAAAUUUUAGAUGGAGAAGCACAUUUAAAAACAUUAGUUAUCUGAAAACCUGACUUUUGCUAACUCAAUUGGAAAGCAGACUAUGAAUUAUUUCAGUAUUUCCAAUUCCCAGUUGAAUGUACCAUUUCAGAAUUUUAGAUAUUUCUUAAGAUUCUCAAAAACAGUGGUGCUGUCAAGUCCAAGUUCUUCAUAUAGGAAUUUAAUUUGGGCUGUGAUCUAAAAGAAAUACAUUAAAAAAAAAUUAGACAGAGGGUCUUUGUGGUAAAA